CGCCCUCCUCCCCGCCUUCCCGAGCGGCCGGCGGCCAGGCGGACCGGGAGCCCCGGGGGCGGCGAGCCCGGAGCCCGGUAAGCUGGGAAGCAAACUCUUGAAUUUACGGCUGGAUUGUGGUUUUUGCUCCUUGUGAAAGGGCGCUCAUACAGGUGGCAUUUUUCUGAGAUUGUUCAUUGAGACUUCCCAGCAUUCCUGCAGAUGAAAUAGGUGAGGCCGCAGCCGGGCCAUGGCAGCAUGACGCCCCGGGCGCGCGCCGCCGGACGCCGGCCAGCAGGAGCCCCGGGCCGCGGGCGUGAGCGCCCCGGAGCAGCGCCUCGUUCCUGAGCCGCCCGAGCCGCCUUCCGCACGCGCUCGCUGGAGUCUUCGGCCCGUGGACCCCCGACCUUCCCGCCUGGAGCACCAAUAUGUGUCAUGUUAUCGUCACCUGUCGCUCGAUGCUCUGGACCCUCCUGAGUAUAGUGGUGGCCUUCGCCGAGCUCAUUGCCUUCAUGAGCGCCGACUGGCUCAUCGGAAAAGCCAAGAGCCGCGGCGGCGGCGGCGGCGGGGCCGGCGGGGGCGGGGGCGGCGAGCCCGACGCCCGGAGCGGAGGCCCGGCCGAGCCGCCGCACCCGACCCUGGGCAUCUACGCCCGCUGCAUCCGCAACCCGGGCGUGCAGCAGGUGCAGCGGGAGACGCUGUGCGGGCCCUACGCCGAGAGCUUCGGCGAGAUUGCCAGCGGCUUCUGGCAGGCCACCGCUAUCUUCCUGGCCGUGGGCAUCUUCAUUCUCUGCACGGUGGCCUUGGUGUCCGUCUUCACCAUGUGCGUGCAGAGCAUCAUGAAGAAAAGCAUCUUCAACGUCUGCGGGCUGCUGCAAGGGAUCGCAGGCUUGUUCCUCAUCCUGGGUUUGAUACUCUACCCUGCUGGCUGGGGCUGCCAGAAGGCCGUAGGCUACUGUGGGCCCUACGCAUCGGCCUACAAACCCGGAGACUGCUCCUUGGGCUGGGCCUUCUACACCGCCAUCGGAGGCACAGUACUCACCUUCAUCUGUGCAGUCUUCUCUGCACAAGCAGAAAUUGCCACCUCCAGUGACAAAGUACAGGAAGAAAUCGAAGAGGGGAAAAACCUUAUCUGCCUCCUUUAGUUCAGAAGAGACACAAAUGCCAUUUUCAUCCUGUGUAACCUUCUGAAAGAGCACCCCUCUGGUUUCUUCGAGUGAGUCAAGUGAAGAACUGGCCUUUAUCUACCAAAGCCUACAUUCCACAGCCCCAGGCCUUCACAGGACCAAUGAGCGGCCAUGUCCAGCCAAGUGACUGCACCCGGGCCACAGUGCCAGCUGUCAGAGAUGGAAUGCGAAACUACUGCAUGCACCCUGACACGUAGUUGACAAGUCUGACCCCAUCUUCUCCCAGGGACCAUGAAGGAUAAUGAUCUAAACCAUUAAGGCAGCCGUUCCUCUCCAAGCAGGAAACUGUGAGCUUGACUUGCAGGCUGUUUUGAGAUGUGUCUCUGCCGUAAGGCUGCGUGCCAGUAGGCAUCACUGCCUCAGAAUGAUGUUUCGGGGUUGGUGUUUUCAUCUCCUGUUAGUGCUUCCAGGUUGUCUCAGAGGCUAAAAUGAAAACUGCAUACUUCCUGGGGGUAGGAUAUGUGCUCGAGGCUGUAAUAGGACACCGCCUCUUGCUUAGCCCACCAGAUCAGUGUGGAAUCCUGUUGUGGGACUUAUCCUAGGCUGAAUUCCAGGGUAGGGUUGGAUCGGUUGAAUUGUCCCUCCAAGAUUUUAGAAACCCAAGUAAGGAAAGAAUAAGGACCUCUAUGAUCAGGAGAAUAAAAGAAAAUCCUGCUAGUGAAGACUUCCAUUCCACUGUCUAGCAGUCAGGCCCGCACCAGUACCGGCUCAGUCUCCUCUUCCAAUGGAGAUCCCCGGUUUUUCUCUCCUGGGGUUAGGAUCGAGCUUCAGCUGCCAAAGGAAACCUCGCCCUGUUUCCUCGUUCCAGGAACGGAGGUCUCCAAGCCACGGGUGGCUCGUUCAGAUGUUCAGUGGGAGAACUUGCCAGAAUCUCAGCACUUGUGGGGAGAUCCUUGCCUGCUGUUUGGUAACCAUGUGGUAGUCAGCUGUAUCUCCCAACCCCAGCAGCAACAGAAAAAAGGGAGCUAGUCAUGGGAGUUAAGUUUCCCCAGUUACUAGUAUUGUUCCUGAAAGCAGACGGAAAGAACAUUAAAAUUACUGCAGCGGGUGAGUUGCAACUGGCCUCCAUGCCCAGAAAAGCAGACUAGAAAUUUAAUGCAAAAAUGAGAGCUAGACCGAGCUCAUAGCACUGGUCUAUGCCUGUUUACAAAAAGAGUGGAACACCACUGUUAGGAUUCAGGAGCUUAUAAUCUAGUUUCUAUAAAUUGCCAAAAAAAAAAAAAGGAUUCCAAAAAAUGGUACUAGCCACCACCUCACAUUUACUUUGGAACGAUCUCGGUGGCAAGAGCCCAGCUGGGUAUUACCCCAAGCUUCAGACCUGCGCAACGACACCAACUCUCCUUCACAGUUUAAGCAAAUGGAGUGGACCUAAGAGAUUUACUGAAGAAUUAAAAGUAUAGGUCUAUUUGGGUUUAUAAAUCUGUUCACUUGAGGGCUUGCCUUGUUUUGAAAGCUUAACAAAGUAAUUACUUUGCACCUUCUUUGGCUGAGAUAUCGUAUGCUAAGUGCCAUUAGGCAGAGACACCUGAUUCAGAUUUUACGACACUGCCCCACAUGAAUCACCUUCAGGCUGAAUCUAAAACUAUGCCUUGGUGCAAAACAAAUAAUUGCUUUAUAUGUAGAUGGAAUGGAACAAGUCAAGGUUUAUUUCCUUGGCCUGUACCACAAACCAUUUUAUCACACAGAUUAAGAGCCAAGGGCAAGAGGGGUGGUGGUGCAGAACCAGGCCUCAAUCACUUCACCAUUCUUAGACCAAAGUCAGAAUAAGCAAGAUGUAAGUCCUACAACUUUUUUGGGGAGCAGAGAAGGGGUAAAUAGGUAUCCCCACAGCAGCCUACUAUAGGGGCUCGGGAAACAUCAAUCCUAUCUCUAACACCACACAGGAAUAGGUUAUGGUAGCUGAUGGACAGGGCUCCUGUCGCUAUUUUUAUGCUCUAACAAAGUCCCAAUGCCCACAGUAACUGCUUUUUAAACUUUGGCAGUAAUUUUCAUUCAAAAAAAGCAGGGGGUCGGGAGGGGGGGAUUCCAUUCAUCCCCAGAUUCACUGUUUUUUUUCUGUACAAAAUGGAGUAUAAAAUAAGUGUUAGGAAAUUGGUUCUCUAACUCCCCAUUUUACAGACAAGUUAAAGUCCCAAGCCCUGAGGAUCUUGUGAGCAUGUCCAUCAACUUAACUACCUGACUGCUCAUUGGCUAAGGUGAUGGCUUAUCUCUAGAACACCCUGAUAAACAGUAGUCACAAGUGAAAAUGUCACUUCUCUUGCCAGAGUUCACUUGACAGUGUUUUUAUUCCAUUAGUCUGAAUGCUACAGAAGACAAAGCACAUGCACACACACAUAACCCCAAACCACUAAAAACUACUUAAGCACUGACUGAAUAAGCAGAGCGGAGAUGGAAUUUCUCUAGCAGAGACAGAAUAAGUAAUGUGGGCCUUUUAAACCUUUAGCCCAUUAGCCAGGCUUUGAUUGGGAAAGAUGAAACCUUAAAAUCCUGCUAGUCUACACCAAAACUGUACAGCUGUUUAAAAGCCACUGAAUACGAGGAAUGUAUUAGAAAUAUGUCAAACAAUUGGACUGAUUGUUGACCCACAUUUUCCUAAUAUCAAUCACCUAAUCACCUCAGUCUGAAAAUCUAAUACAUAAUAUACCUGGACCAUUACUACUACCAGAAAAGUCUUAUUUAUUAUUGCCUGCAUUUGUGCUUAAAAUUUUGUGAUGGGCUGGGCUUCUCAAUGAACUCCAAGAAGGCAUCAAUACUUGCUUGGAUUCUGUGGAAGUUUUUAAACCUGUGUGCUAAUUCAACAAUGUUACAUUAGUUGUAUAAGGGUUUUUGUAUAGUUUUCAAACAUCUGUGGUGUAAUGAUCUUUGUUAAACAUGUAAAGUACCAUAGUCUUUUUUUUAAGUGUAGCAUAUUUAAAAUAUAUAUAUGUAUAUUAUACAUACACAAGUCUGUGUGAAAGAUGUGCAAUAACAAAGGUGUAUGUAUGUUUUGUUUUGGUUUUUUUUUUUUUGGAAACUGGACAGGAGUCAGAACAGGGAUUGUUUCUGUUUUGGCAAAGGAGAGUUAAACAUUUUUGCCUUCAUGGCCUAGCCAUUAACCCAUAAGAAUUUAAAUGCUACACAAACCGAUGUGAAGAAAAGACUGGUAUGAAAUCAUUUAUUCCUGGGUCUAAAUUAAAAGAAUCACUAGAUUUAUGUGAAAAUGAAGCCAGCACCAGGCCCAGUUAAUGCUAGUCUUUCAUGUGAAAUGUGAAGCUGCCACAUUGCCUUUUCUGUUAGUUUGAUAACUAGAGUAGCUGGUACAUAAUCACUGAGGAGCUAUUUCUCUAACAUGCUUUGAUAGACCACAUUAAUGCUAGACCACUAUUUAAGGGCUGAUCUCACACCUUCUUAGCCUAAGAGUCUGGCUUAGAACAGACCUCUCUGUGCAAUAACAUGUGGCCACUAGAAAUCCCUGGCCUGCAUUUGUAUUUGGGCAGCGAUGACUCCCAAGGGCCAAGAGAGUUAAAGGCAUGACUGGGAUUUCUUCUGAGACUGUGGUGAAACUCCUUCCAAGGCUGCGGGGUCAUUAGGUGCUUUGGAGGAACUCAGCAUCACUUGAUAUUCAGUAGCCACUUGAGCCAAAUAGAAAACUGUAUUUACUGCUAAUGGACUCAAUUUGAGCCUUCAAAUUUAUGGUUAUCCUAUUAUACUGUAAACUAAUACGUUGUUUGUCUAGCAUUGAUUAGGUUUCUGUGCAUAUGUAUUUCUCACAAUGCCCUCUCCUCCCCAGAUUGGAAUUAAACCAGAUUUUGGAAACUCA